AUGGUGGAAGCACUCAUAUUGAGAGUAGCUAAACUUGUGGAUGAUUUCCCAGAGGGUGGACAAUUAUGGGGCGCUGGCGGCGAAUUGUCCAAGCUGAAGAAAACCUUUUCCUUUCUCCAAAGUAUAGUGCCUGAUGCGGAAAAGCUGAGAUUCGGAGAACAGGGGGAAAUCGGACAAUGGCUUGGCAAUCUCAAAGAUGCUUUCUAUGAUGCGGAGGACUUACUCGAAGAAUGGAACCUGGAAGUUAUGCAAUUACGAGAAUCGCCGAGCAAAGAUGAGAAGUUGAAGCAUGUAAUUCCCUCCUCCUCUUCGCCUUCUAAAAAACCUGAUUUAAGGCUGAAGAUGAGCGCCCGUGCGAAGAAAAUCAGGAAGAGAAUAGAAGCCAUCGCUGCCAGAGGGAGGGAUUUGGGCUUGCGAGAGUGCGCGGAGGUUGUGCGGGUAGAGAGAAGAGAGUGGUUGGACUCCUUUGUGUACGAUGAUGAGAUUAUAGGGAGAGAGGAUGCUAAAAGCGCAAUUAUGAAGUUUUUGUUAGACUCUGACACUGAUGACCAAAUUUCUUUCUUUAUAAUAAGGGGUGAGAGUGGGAUUGGAAAGACGGCUCUUGCUCGAUGUCUAUACGAAGAUGACAUGGUCAAGAAUCAUUUCGAUUUAAGGAUAUGGGUCUGUGUGGGUGACAACUUCCACGAUCUCGAAACGGAAGUGCGAAAAUUCAGACGAAGAAAGACAACAGAGAGAGCAGAUGACAUGGAGCAAUUGCGAAAAUAUCUCCUAGUUAUUGACGAUCUGCGGUAUGUGGAUCCUAAACAAUGGGAGAGCUUGAAAAGUUUAUUGAUGGGAGGUGCCCUAGGAAGCAAGAUUCUGAUAACUACAAGCAGUGUUUACAUUGUGGACCGUAUGAGUACAUCCCCAUCUUAUUGUCUUGAGGCCCUUCCAAUAGAGUCGUCUUUUGAUUUAUUGAUGAGAAUGGCUUGUCAGGAAGAAGAAGAGACUAGAAAUCCAACUAAGGUAGAUAUCGGGAGGCAGAUAGUCAAAAAGUGUGGUGGAAUCCCUUUGGCAAUACGAAUGAUUGGAAGUCUAUUAUUCUUCGAGAAAACUGAAGCUGAGUGGUCUAAUUUUAAGGACGAGAUUCCAGAAUUUUCUGGAAAUUUUCCUCUGUUAAGUUCAAUACUUGAGCUUAGUUAUCGUCUUCUCCCAUGCCAUCUAAGACAGUGCUUUGCCUUCUGUUCAUUGUUUCCCACAGACUGGGCGAUUGAUAAACAAAAAUUGACGAGUCUCUGGAUGGCAGCAGGAUUUAUCCAGCCCAUAGACAACAUAGAUCAGGAUAUAGAAGAUGUUGCUCAUGCCUAUUUCAUGGAUCUACUCAGGAGGAAUUUCUUUCAAGACUGCAUUAAAGAUGAACUUGGAAAUGUGAUGUCUUGUAGGAUGCAUCGUUCAGUAUAUGACAUGGCACGCCAUGUUGCUGGAACUGAGUAUGAAAGAAUUGAUCGUUCAUGGUCACGCCUUAAAGAAAGAACUCAUCAUAUAUUGUGGAAUUCAACUUUAUAUUUAUCAGAGGGAGAUCUAAAUAUACACACAGCAUAUCGUCUGAGGACAUUCAUCAAAACUAGUCAAAGAAAAAGCUCAAGGUUUGGAACUCAAAUAGGUGAAAGAACUCUUCACAAAUUAAUUUCUAGUUUCAAGUUCUUAUGUGCCUUGGAUUUGCAUGACAGUAGUAUUGAGAAGUUGCCGAGUUCUAUUUGUGAGCUGAAGCAUCUGACAUUUCUAGAUCUCUCUGAAAAUGAAGGAAUCGUAAGGCUUCCUGAUUCUGUGACAAGAUUGGAAACCUUGCAAGUACUUAAACUCAAUAUGUGUUACAAGCUGAAAGAAUUGCCAAGGGAUAUCAGAAAAUUGGUCAACCUCAGGCAACUGGAGAUUAGCAACUGUAAUGCCCUAUCUUAUAUGCCACAAGGAAUGGGCAAGUUGACACUUUUGCGCACACUAACGGAUUUCAUUUUACCCGGGGACAACUCUCGCCCAGAGAAUUACAGUGGGCUAGGGGAGUUGAACAGGUUAAACCAUUUGAGAGGAAGCCUCAGAAUUGAAGUUAAGGGUGAAAUAAAAGAUACAGUAGCAGAAUCAAAUGCUGCGAACUUGAAGGAGAAGAAUUCCUUAGUUUCACUAGUAUUAGUGUGUGCCGGAAAAGAAGGUGAUGAAGUUUUACUUACGGAGCUGCGGCCAAGCUUAAAUCUUCGAAGCUUAGAAAUAAGAGGCUAUGGGGGUGCAGGGUUUCCAAGCUGGAUAUCUCACAUGCCUAAGUUGGUUGAGCUACGGUUGUUUCAUUGCGCAGCAUGCAAAAGUCUCCCACCACUUGGUGAGCUUACUAGCCUCAAGCGUUUGGAAAUUGGUGCGCUACCUGUAGUGGAGUACAUAGAGAGUGAUCUUCACGCCCUUUCAUCACUUCCUAAUCUCUCUGCACUGAGGAUAUGGGAAAGUCCUAUUUUGGAACGGAUUCCACCACUUCUAGAUCUUAAGGAGUUGGAAAGUUUCCCUGUGGAGUCGUUGCAGACCUCAUUUGCCACAACUGAACAGGUAAUUGGUAUUGAUGAUCGAGUGAAGGAGGUAAUCAAGUUAUUGGCAAUAGAAGAUGAUGGGGGUGAACCACGCAUGGUUGGAAUCCAUGGAACUAACGGAAUUGGCAAGACAACUAUUGUGAAGGCCGUAUACAACCGAAUCUCCUCUUGUUUCGAUAGUUGUAGCUUUCUCACAGAGAUUGGUGAAAAAGCACAAAUUAAUGGCGGUAUCCAGUUUCUGCAAACUAAGUUGAUACAUGAUAUUCUUGAUCGAGAUGGCGAUGUUGCUUCUUUUGAAGGAGGAAUCAAGUUUUUCGUGGAUGUAUUCAGCAACAUAAAAGCUCUUAUUGUCCUAGAUGAUGUGGAAGAACAGUCUCAUCUUUAUGAUCUAGUUGGUAACCGGCUUGAGUGGUUUGGUCCUGGAAGUCGGAUAAUUGCUACAUCAGAAAAUCGUGGAAUUCUCGAAACAUAUGCUUUUACAGAAAGGCCUAAUAUCUAUGAUGUGGAUAAGAUGGAUAAUGAUCGAGCUCUUGAACUUUUCCGCAGGCAUGCUUCAAUACCUUGGUAUCCUGAAAUUGGGAAGCGCAUUGUCAAAGCCACGGGGCAGGUUCCAUUUGUUAUUGAAGUUAUCGGUUCACUUCUACAUGGAAAAACAAUAGAAGAUUGGAGGAAGAUGGAGGACUUGAUAAAACCACACUCUCGAGAGAUCUUGAAGGAUUGUAGGGAGAUUUCGAAAAUCUGUUAUGAAGCAUUAGAUGAUAUGCAGGAACAAAUAUUUUGGGACAUAGCAUGGUUUGCCAGUGGCGUGGAUAGCCAAAUUGUGUCAUAUAUGUGGCCUGAUCUAGAUCUUUUGCCUUCUUACCAAGUUUUCAUGCCCCUAGCAAAAAUUGGAGAAGACAACAUGCUGCAGAUGCAUAAAUUGUUGAAGCGCCUCUGCAGAACUAUAGAUCAAGAAGAAACUAAGCUCAGUAGACGGUACAUGCAUGUUACAGGCCUGGAAGGAAUCAACGAGAAAGAGGUAAAGGCUAUUGGUUCAAUGGUUUGUUUUCUUCUGUAAAAUGAAAGCCUUGACGCUUGAGGUGUAAUUUGUUAUCGAGUUUCUUCAGUUAUUUUGCCAUCUAUAGGUCUUCUUUUCAUGCAUAGAAAAGAAAGCACCUUAGUCCUUAUCACAUAGUAAAAUUUUGUCAUUGUGCUUUAUAGCUUUCGAUUGAUUUGUUACUCUUGGCAAAUGUAGGGAAUGAGAGAGGUAGAAGCCCUUUGCUUUGACUUUAAAAAUCUUCAUCCCAAUACAUUUACAGAAAGCGAUCUCAAGAGCAUGCCAAGGGUAAGGUUCCUGAAAUUGGAUCAUGCAAGUAUGACUGGAAAUUUGGCAAAUGUAUUUCCGAAGUUGAGGUGGCUUCGUUGGCAAGGGUGCUUGACAGAUUUCGUAGCAACAGAAUUUAGUCUGAUGGAACUGGUCAUUCUUGAUCUUUCAUGGAGCAAGGUCACCGAAGACUGGGGAGGUUGGAGGUUAAUCAAGAUGGAGCAAUUGAAAGUCUUAAAUCUCACCGGUUGUACUGACUUACUGAUAAGUCCUAAAUUUUCUAGCUUUCCAAAUUUGGAGAUUCUGAUUCUAGAGCGAUGCUCUCAGUUGGUCCAUUUGGAUCCUUCGGUCGGGAGUCUCAAAAAAUUGCUUCGCCUGAAUUUGAAGUCCUGCAUUGAACUCAACAGGUUGCCUGAAGAAGUGGGUGCCUUGAAAGCUUUGAAAGAGCUCCUCAUUGAUGAGACUUCUGUGCGUAUUAUUCCCUUGGGAAGUGAUUCAAAGGAACUUGAAACUCUUUCUGCCUCCAAUUGCGUGUCAUUGAGUCUCCCCAAUGGAGUUGGAGAGCUGGUAAAACUCCGACGCUUGUCAUUGAGGAAUUGUCAUUGGAUACGAAAACUUCCAGUGUCCAUUGGCCAAAGCCCUUUAGAGGAGCUGGAUAUUUCGGGAACAGGCAUUUUUGAAUUGCCAGAUUCCUUUGGUAAUUUGCGGAGGUUGAGAGUGUUAAAGAUGGACCAUUGCUUCAUAAGCAAGUUUCCUAGUUUUAUUUGGCAUCUACAUAGCAUUGAAGAACUACAUGCCUCCUCGUGUAUGAAUAUAGAAGGAGAGAUUCCUGGAGAUAUUAGGAAUUUGAAAAAUCUGAGGAUCUUGAGAUUGCGUAAUUCGUCUAUUUCCAGCCUACCUUCUGAAAUCGAGCAUCUUCCGAAGCUGGAGACUCUUGAUGUACUUCACUGCGACAUGCUUCAUGAGUUGCCAGCACUUCCCUCUAGUUUGGUUAUUGUGCAUUUGUGUCCAGAAUUGAA